GGCGUCACUGCUGGGGCGGCGGCGGCGGCGGCAGCGGGUGCUGUUGGUGCCAUUGCUGGUGCGGCUGGUGAGAACUCCCCCGAUGGCGUUGACCCCGCCGACUUCGACGUCGUCUCGGGCGAUGUGGCGCUGCCGCUGCACGUCCGCAAUCUGCUGCUGGCCCCUGCAGACGGUGAGACGAGCAACCCGCUGACGGACUUCGGCAAGGAGCCCCGUGUGGGGCCGUACCGCGCGAUUGUCGACGUCCCCUUCUGCUACGUGCCGCAGUUGGGCCGGCACCGCAGCCGUCCCAUCUCUGUCACCCUCGAUACGCCGCUGUUGGAGGCACUGCGGCUGAUACUGCUGCACGACAUUGAGUGCAUUGCCGUUGUAUCGGAGGAACAGAUCAUCGUCGACGUCAUUGACCGCAGCGACGUGGUGCGCAUCGAGGAUCAAGGCGUGUACGACACAAACCUCACCGUCCGCGCGGCGCUUGGUGGCAAGGUGAGCAGCAAGAUAUGCGUCUUCCACGCGAAGGACGCACUGCGGGAUAUAUUCAUUCACUUUGUGCGGCAGCGGGUGAAGGAGCUUUUCCUCGUCGACCCCGAUACGGACAAGCUGCUCGGCCAGCUAAACGUUGGGGAGGUGGUGUUCUUCUUAGUGUUUGGCGUUACCACGACAAGUGGCAAUGGCACAGCCCCGUCCUCUCUCUCCGCAUCACAGAAGGGCACCGCCCCGUCUGCUGCUCCUAGCGCUGCGAGGUAG